CCACAACCCCAAUGAUGAGUCACUUGAUAAAUUCUUUGAAAAUUUACUGAAGAAAUCUUUUGCCUGUUUUCUCCAUAUAGUUGCUGGGAAUAAUGGGGAAAAAGGCUAAGAAAAAGGCUAGAAGUGGUGUCAAGGAGACGUGGAAUCCCGUGGCAUCUGCAAAUCCUAUUGAUGAAAAUAGCAGUCCAAAUGUUGAUACUCCUGAUGAUGCGGUUGUUGUUGUAAAUGAUAGAAAAGGAUGUCCACAUGUUGAUAAAGUUAUUGAUGUGGACAAAGUCUCCGCUAAACUUGAGUUUUCAGAAUCUGUUAGGUGCGAAGAUUGCAGGGAAGGAGUAGCUGAUAGACAAGCUAGUAGGACAAAAGGUAAACAUGGAAAAAAGAAGGGAAGUGCAUAUCCCAAGCAGAAGUCUAAAGCCAUUUGGGUCUGUUUAGUAUGUGGCCAUUUCUCGUGCGGAGGUGUUGGGUUGCCUACUACACCUCAGAGCCAUGCAGUUCGGCAUGCAAGAUGUUACCAUCACCCUCUCGCUGUACAGUUUGAAAAUCCUCAACUGCGUUGGUGUUUUCUGUGCAAUACACUACUUCACGCUAAGAAAGUAGAGGAUGACAGUGAACAAAAAGAUGUAGUUGAGGACAUUGCAAAGAUGAUUAAAAGGCGUCCGACUGAACGGCCUACUACUGAUGUGGAGGCUAUUUGGUUCGGGAGUGGGAGUGUCACUAGCGAAAUUAAAUCAGAAGCUUCUGCUUCUGUAGGCGUUGAUGGAAAAGUUGAUUAUGUCAUUAGGGGAUUGAUUAAUUUAGGGAAUACAUGUUUUUUCAAUUCAAUAAUGCAGAACCUACUGGCAAUGAAUAGAUUACGGGAUUACUUCCUUAAGUUUGAUGGUUUUGCUGGUCCUCUUACCGCUGGUCUGAAGAAGCUCUUUGCUGAGACAAGCAAUGAGGCUGCGUUGAAAAAAUCUGUAAAUCCAAAAUCUUUGUUUGGUUCAUUAUGUGCCAAAGCUCCACAGUUUCGAGGAUACCAACAACAGGACAGUCACGAAUUGCUUCGUUGUUUACUUGAUCGUCUGUGUACUGAGGAAUUGACCCGCAGAAAGCAAAUCAAAUCUUCUCAGGAUGGAGGUAAAUCCUUGAGUUCAUGUCCAACUUUUGUCGAUGACAUCUUUGGUGGCCGACUUUCAAGCACUGUUAGCUGUCUUGAGUGUGGGCACACUUCAGUAGUCUAUGAGCCAUUCUUGGAUCUCUCAUUGCCUGUUCCGACGAAAAAACCUCCAUCUAAAGGAGCUCAAUCAAUCUCCCAUGCCAAAAUAAUAUCAAAACCUCCAAAGAGAAUCGGAAAAGUUCUUCCUAAAGUUAGCAGAGAUGCAGCUUCUCUUAAUGCUCAAGCAAAUGGAGAGAAAUCUCUCAGUCACGUGCAUCCUAGAGUACCUGUCACUGAAGGAAUGAAAGUUCCUUCUGAUGCAUCGCUAGAAUCCAUUGAUGCUGGUGUUAUGGCUGAUAAUAUGGGUUUAACUUCCCAGGACUCAUAUUCCAGUAAGAAGUCUCAUUAUGAGCAAAAUUGCGUGGGUGUGACUAGACAGUUGGCUACGGUGGAUGAUUCAACAUGGUUAGAUUUUCUCGAUCAGAAUACACUGCCAAAUGGUGAGUCAACAGCUUUACAAGUUGAUCACAUCCUGACUAAUCAGGGUUCUGAAACUGGAUCUGUUCAACCUGUUGACCAUUUGCAAAAUAAUCUGGAUGCUGAUACAGAGAUGAAGUUGACAUGUACAGACAGCACUUGUUCUCCUAAUGAUUUGAUGUGUUUGGAUGACCAAGGACAAUGCAAGUCACCAGACUGCGAUAUAGCUUCUGAAUUCAGUAAAAAGUUACUGAUUAAAGAGUCUGGAAAGAUCUGCUCUGUGGAUUCAAAUCUUGGAACAGAUUCAUACAUGAGGCUUUUGGAAGAUGAAGCCCCAUUACAACUACAAGAGUCAGAGAUUCUGUUACUUCCAUACAAAGAAGCAACCUCCACUUCUGGUGACAUGUUAAAAGAAGGUUGUGAUAUAUCCUCAGUUGCUGUUGGUUGGGAACAAGAUUCAUUGGACUUGGAUGGUGUUGGAAAUCUAUUUAAUGAACCUGAGUCUGAUGCACGACCUUCUGAUCAGCCUUUGUGCAAUGCUGCUGUUUCUCAGGCCAAUGGACUCAGAGAAGCUAGUUUUACUGUUUCAAACAUCAGCGAGUCUGAUCCAGAAGAAGUUGAUAAUACAGAUGCUCCAGUAUCAGUGGAGAGUUGUUUGGCUUAUUUUACAAAGCCCGAGCUUCUUCCCAAAAGUGAACAUGCUUGGCAAUGUGAAAAUUGCAGAAAAGUUCUAAAAGAAAAGAGAAUGAAAUCUAAGAAUAAGUUGAUGAAGCCUAGAUCACAUAGCAUGGUGAAUGGACAUGAGGACAGAAAUUCAAAUGGCGUGUCUUCUUCAGGAACAUCUCCUCUGACUGGACUGGGAACUCAUAAUGGAAGUACAGAAAAAGAUGCGUUGGAAACUUCUGAUGACAGGUUGUUGUCCCCAAACGAAACCAGCCCUCAAGCUGAGCGAGAUUCAGUGUCUUGGCUAUCGGAAAACAGCACACAGGGAAAUCAGGGUGAAGCUAGUAAUCAAGUGAAUAGCGACUAUCAGAACAAUAAAAUUCAAUUGCUGGAAGCUCCGCUGAUUUCUGCUAAAUCUGAAUCUGAAGAAAGUGAGAAUGAGGAGACAGACUUUAAAAGAGUUAGAGUUGAGAGAGAUGCAACUAAACGGAUCCUAAUUGAUAAGGUCCCUUCUAUUUUGUCUAUUCAUUUAAAGAGGUUCAGUCAAGAUGCUCGGGGGCGCUUGAGUAAGCUGAGUGGCCAUGUCAAUUUUAGAGAUACUGUUGAUAUCAAACCAUAUGUUGACUCCAGGACGUCAAAUGAAUCCUGGCAAACUGAAAUAGCUCUCAUAACCUUCCCUCACAGAUCUGCAUGCUGAUUUGCUUUCAGUUGUGUCCAUGCAAGAUAAGCUUUUAUCUGUUUUCCUUUACGGUUUUAGAAUUCCUCCAAGUUGUUCUGAUCCAUCUGUCUGUGAUUACGAGGAUGUGCGCAUAAUUGUUCCUUUUCUGGACUACUAGCUGAUCAUUGAGUUACCAUUAUCAUAAAGAGAUACGUACAUGUACUUUUGAGUUAAAUUUUUCCCGAGGGCAGGGACUGAGGAAGCCAAAUCUUUCUGUGUUCAGAAAAUGGAAAUCAUCAUAGCUCAACCCGUUCUACUCUAUAAUUAUUUUCCCCUUUUGUAUUAGAAAAUUAUAUUAUAGAAUAGAAUAACAAAUCUGUUGAGGCUCUAGAUGAGAGUUGUAUUCAGAUGAUUUCUACAACUUGAUCGGCAUUCUAGAGCUAAAUAACUUGAGAAUAAUUAUGUGGAAUGUAAUCCAUGAAAACAACAAAGUAAUGUACCAAUUGUGGAAUAUAAAAAAAUGUCAAGCGUAUCAUGUGAAUCGAGACCAGAUGUAGAUUGAUAAACAAUGUAUUUUGAUGAGUAUUUGAAACUGCUUUGAAAUGCUUUUUUUAAAAAAAACCUAUUGUCUAUCAGAAACAAUCUCUCUAUCUCUACAAGGUAGGAGUAAGGUCUACGUACACUCUACCCUCCCCAAACCACACUUGUGGGAAUACACCGGGUAUUGUUGAGUAUUUACAUUUUUUCUAGUGAAAACUCUGUAUAUUCAGACUUCGGAGAUACAUGCUAGCUCGAUGAGUUUUAUGUCUUGCAUAACAGGACCAUCAGUUUCAUUGGUGAGUUCGUACUAAGAUCAUCCUCAUUUCCCCAUGAGUUAGAUACCAAAGUUGGACAAUAAGUGUGUUAAAUUUUGUUUAUGUAUAUUUCUUAAUACAGCGUUGUGGUGUGUUACCUUCAUGCUUAGUGAUUUCUAAUGUCCUCCAUAGUAUGUUUGUGAUUUCAAAGAUUCGUCGAUAAAAUGGUCCUGUGUUCAAUGCACAUGUAAUAUGUAAUAUUUUCAUUUUCUGCAAAAUGAAAUCUCUCUGCUGAAAUGGCCUGAUGAUUACUUGAUGAUCGCCUUUGCAGGUGCCUGCAGAAGGAGACAUACAAAUACCAUCUUAUUGGUGUAGUAGUACAUUCGGGGACGAUGAGGGGAGGUCAUUAUGUUGCAUAUGUCAGAGAAGAUCCCAAGAUCACAGGGAAA